UCCAACAUGGCGGCCUCCAUUGCGCGACGUUCCUAUGUGUUUUGUCGUUGUGUAGGAAUAAACGUGAUUAGGCAGCAUGUAACAUUACGGAAUGUUGUACUGAGGCACACUAACAACACCUUUCAGUCGAGUGUUAGUUACGGGACCCGAGAGUCAGCCGGCACACAGGAAACCCAAGUUCACAUUCCAGUAGAACGUUUGACGGUAUCUUACAGCAGAAGCAGCGGUCCUGGGGGUCAGCAUGUCAACAAAGUCAGCACAAAAGCAGAAGUCCGAUUCCAUGUGCAAACAGCAGAAUGGAUCCCAGAAGAUGUUCGGAAAAAAAUCCUUGAAAAGAACAAAACCCGAAUCACUAAGGCCGGGGAACUGCUGGUGACCUCAGAGCUGAGUAGGAGUCAGCAGAGAAACCUUUCUGACUGCAUACAGAAAAUCUCUGCCAUCAUAGCAGAAGCCAGUGAGAAGCCCCAUGAGCCAACAGCUGAAGACAUCGCUCUCAGGGCAGCAAGGUUGGAAAAGAGGAACAAUGAGCGCCUCAGAAAGAAGAAGAUUCAUUCAGCUACCAAGCAGAACAGACGUGUGGAUUUUGACUAAGUGGAUGACUGUUAUACUUCUCCCUCCUGCAAUUUAGUGGCUAUAAUAAUCAAUCCUGUGAUUUUAUACUAUUUAUUAAGUGGUUGAUGUACAUAUUGGGUUUUUGUUGUUGUUUUUCUUGUUGUUUGUAAAAUAAACACUGAAAGCGUUUCAUACUA